AUGAUCAGGAGCGGCGGCAGCAGGACGCGCCGCGACAUGAGUGGUGGCCUCGGCCAGAGCUCCGGGGGCGGUGGCAACGGCGACGGCGGUGACGAUAGUAGCGGCCGCAGCAGCAGCAGCGGUGGCGGCGGCGGCGGCGGCUUUCGCAGCAGCGACGGCGGGACCGGCGCCAACGGCAACGGCAACAGUUUGAGCGGGGAUGAGAGGACGCGCGAGCGGGGGGAGAGUUUACCCUUGUCUGUUUCCCCCCCGCCCGCCCCUCCCGUGCCUCCCACAGCGCCACACCUGCAGCGAGCCCCGGCGACGUACGCGCAAGCAAAUGCGGUGCGGGCGGGGCGCCAAUUGGGGAAAAGCAGCGAAGCGGAAGACAAGUACAUGGCUCCGGUGGACACCCUCGAGUCGACCGAGCAGGGCGAGGAAACGGUGGCAACGACCACCUCACCGUAUCUACGCCAAAUUGGAGACCAUGUGAAAUGUUCCCAACUUUGGUUAUUUUUCGUGCAGUGCCAGUAGAGCAGAGUGCUUUCGUCGAGUUCUGUUCAAGUUGGAUUUGUUUCGUCAUGAUUUUCUUGGCGUUUUCUUCGUUCUGCUGUGUUUUGCGUCAAGAAUCAGGGGGGGAGGAAAUAUUUGUCAUGAUUCCAGACGCAACACCAGCGAAUGCGAUGUGUUUUUAUAUGUAUGCAGGGCAUGUCUCAGCUGGGGGGCUGUUUCGUACUCUGUGAUGUUUUGAGAUCCUCUGUUGGUUGGAAAGGGAGGGAAGAAAGCGCAGGCAGAUAUAUCUGUAUGUUUCGGGGAAAUGUUCCAGCUGGGGGGCUGUUUCGUACUCUGUGAUGUUUUGAGAUCCUCUGUUGGUUGGAAAGGGAGGGAAGAAAGCGCAGGCAGAUAUAUCUGUAUGUUUCGGGGAAAUGUUCCAGCUGGGGGGCUGUUACGUAUUGAAAUUGGUAUUGAUAUUUGAUAUUGUUGCCUUGUGCCAAAACCAGUGAGAUACGGGUGGCACAUAAUUUACAUGUUUCGGGAGAUGUUACAGCAGGGGGGCUGUUUGCAUGAUUAUUUGCUAAUAUUUCUAUCGUUUCUUGGACAACAGCUGAGGCACCAAUAGCAUGUACGCGCUGUUUAGGAUUUGGUCCUUGGACGCAUAUUGGAGGAAGGGUUUUACAUGUUUUGACGAGUAACGGUUGGGGCCUUUGUGCUUUCCCAAUGCUUGUUUUAAUUGGUCAAGUAGUUGAAACUUUGUGUUGUUUGAAGAUGUUGUGUCAACUCUUUUGAAGUUUUUUUUCCAGAUUUAUUUGUCCGUCACCGUUCUGACGCUUUUCUGAUGUAGCGCAGAUGUUUGUUGGGUACUCUUCUGAGGAUGAUUCUUUUGUUUUGGCGGUUUGAGAAUACGUUGGGUUCAGGAUAAAACCAAUGAU